CCAAAACCUCAAAACCCUUUCUCUCGCUACCUGAGGGCGUGCCAUUCUCUUGCCGUCGCCCUUUCUCACUCUUCCGAGAAAAGUACACUCAACAACACUGCCAAACACCAAACCCUAGAUCUCUCUUCUCUCCGAUCUCUCCUCAGAUCUAAUCUCCCUGCUCAUCAAGAUGGUGUCGGACGCGAGCAAGAAGAAGGCGGCGCAAAAGAAGGCUGCGGCGGCGGCGAAGAGAGGAGGGAAGGCCCCGGCGGCGGCCGGGGCAUCAAAGAACGCAGGCGGCGUUGAGAAAUUGACAAAUGAGGUUGACGCGCUUCAGAUAUCUGAUCGGACUUGUACUGGUGUGCUAUGUUCACAUCCUCUAUCUAGAGAUAUUCGGAUAGAGUCUUUAUCGCUUACUUUCCAUGGACAUGAUCUUAUUGUUGAUUCUGAACUGGAACUCAACUAUGGCAGACGCUAUGGUUUGCUUGGACUGAAUGGCUGUGGGAAAUCUACACUUCUUACUUCUAUAGGGUGCCGAGAGCUUCCCAUUCCUGAGCACAUGGAUAUUUAUCACCUCAGCCGGGAGAUUGAGGCUUCUGACAUGUCUUCACUUGAGGCUGUCAUGAGUUGUGAUGAGGAGAGGUUGAGGUUGGAGAAAGAAGCUGAAGCUUUGGCAGGACAGGAUGAUGGUGGUGGAGAAGCUCUCGAACGCAUUUAUGAGCGUUUGGAAGCCAUGGAUGCAGCAACUGCAGAGAAGCGAGCUGCUGAGAUCUUGUAUGGUCUUGGUUUUAACAAGAAGAUGCAAGAAAAGAAAACACGGGACUUCUCUGGUGGCUGGAGAAUGAGGAUUGCUUUAGCACGGGCUCUGUUUAUCUACCCAACUAUCCUACUGCUUGAUGAACCUACAAAUCAUCUUGAUUUGGAAGCUUGUGUCUGGUUGGAGGAAACUUUGAAGAAAUUUGACCGCAUUUUGGUUGUGGUUUCACACUCCCAGGAUUUCUUGAAUGGUGUUUGCACCAAUAUCAUCCACAUGCAAAGCAAAACAUUGAAGCUUUACACUGGUAAUUAUGACCAAUAUGUUCAAACCCGUUCUGAGCUAGAAGAAAACCAAAUGAAACAAUACAAGUGGGAGCAGGAGCAGAUUUCUUCAAUGAAAGAGUAUAUUGCUAGAUUUGGACAUGGAUCAGCGAAACUCGCUCGUCAGGCACAGAGCAAAGAGAAAACGCUGGCGAAAAUGGAGCGAGGUGGGCUUACAGAGAAGGUCGCGAGAGAUAAAAUUCUGGUUUUUCGAUUUACUGAUGUGGGAAAGCUUCCCCCACCUGUACUACAAUUUGUUGAAGUCACAUUUGGUUACACACCUGAUAAUCUCAUCUACAAGAAUCUCGACUUUGGGGUAGAUUUGGACUCAAGGGUAGCUCUAGUGGGGCCCAAUGGAGCUGGGAAGAGUACGUUGCUGAAGCUGAUGACGGGGGAUUUGGUUCCUCUUGAUGGCAUGGUCCGGCGACACAACCACCUGAGGAUUGCACAGUUCCAUCAACAUUUGACUGAGAAACUUGACCUAGAGUUGUCGGCUCUCCAGUUUAUGAUUAAAGUACCCGGAAUUGAGGAAGAAAAGAUGAGGGCUGCAAUAGGGAAGUUUGGGCUUACGGGCAAAUCCCAAGUGAUGCCUAUGAAGAAUUUGUCAGAUGGGCAAAGGAGUCGGGUGAUUUUUGCGUGGUUGGCAUGGAGACAGCCCCACAUGCUGUUGCUGGAUGAACCUACCAACCAUUUGGAUAUUGAAACGAUUGACUCACUCGCUGAGGCAUUGAACGAGUGGGAUGGUGGCUUGGUUCUUGUUAGCCAUGAUUUUAGGCUCAUUAACCAGGUGGCCCACGAGAUAUGGGUAUGUGAGAAUCAAGCUGUGACCCGAUGGGAGGGUGAUAUCAUGGCCUUUAAGGAACACUUGAGGAGCAAGGCUGGUCUAUCUGAUUGAGCAGAAUUUUUGGAUGGCUCGAUAAAAUAUAUUUUAAGUUAUUACUUGUGUAGCUUGGCUGAUGAUUCUAUGCAGUGGAAAGUAGGAACGGUUAUCACUCUAACGUGUUUUCCAGGCGAUUAUGAUGAAGGCUAAGAGAACGCAGGAGGUGAUUGAGGUUUGGUGGUUGUUUCAAGUAGCUAAUCAGCCUUGGUUCUGUGCUUGGUUAUUAGGAAUUUUCACGUACUUACCUAUCUUGUUAUGCAUUUAUUCUUCAUCUAUUAUUCUUGGCUGUGGACCAGUUGUGUACCGAGGGGAUAAUAUAUAUGUAUAUGACUGUAUUCCUUGUGGAUGGGGAUGCCUAUAUCAAACCCUUUAUGUUAUGUAUGCAAAUUUGAAUCUAAUGUUUUUACUUGGAACUUAAA